CCCCCCCCAUCUCCACCCUCUCCUCAUUACUCUUCUGCAACUUCCUUCUCUCUCUCUCUCUCUCUCUCUCUUCCACCACUCAAAAUCAAGAUUUGAUUCAAACCCAGAAACCUGACAUUGAUUUCCUCGAAUGGGUAACGUUGAUUACGUAUACCCACCAACAAAAAUGGAGUCUACACACGGUGUAGCCGUUCCACCGCCGCAGACUUUCUUCAACUCGUUAAAAUACUCGCUUAAAGAAACUUUCUUCCCCGACGAUCCUUUCCGCCAGUUCAAAAACCAGAAACCCUCUAGGAAGUUUUUAUUAGGAUUGCAAUACUUCUUCCCAGUCUUCGAAUGGGCUCCUCGUUACACUUUCCAGUUCUUAAAAUCCGACCUCGUUUCCGGAAUCACCAUCGCCAGUCUCGCCAUCCCUCAGGGUAUCAGCUACGCCAAGCUCGCUAAUUUACCGCCUAUUCUCGGCCUCUAUUCGAGCUUCAUCCCACCACUGGUGUACGCAAUAAUGGGGAGUUCGAGAGAUUUAGCCGUAGGAACAGUGGCUGUUGCGUCGUUGCUUACAGCUGCCAUGCUAGGGAAAGAGGUGAAUGCUAGUGAGAAUCCAAAGCUUUAUCUUCAUCUUGCUUUCACUGCCACCUUCUUCGCUGGAGUUCUGCAAGCUUCGCUUGGACUGUUAAGGCUAGGGUUCAUCGUGGAUUUUCUAUCACAUGCAACGAUAGUAGGGUUCAUGGGAGGAGCAGCGACGGUGGUUUGUCUUCAGCAGUUGAAAGGAAUACUUGGUCUUGACCAUUUCACUCACGCAACCGACGUCGUAUCGGUGCUGCGCUCCGUUUUUACCCAAACCCACCAGUGGAGAUGGGAAAGUGGUUUGCUGGGAUGUUGCUUCCUAUUUUUCCUCCUCGUCACUAGAUACUUUAGCAAGAGGAGACCCAAGUUUUUCUGGAUAUCAGCAAUGGCGCCUUUGACGUCAGUCAUUCUGGGAAGCAUUCUCGUCUACCUCACCCAUGCAGAGAAACAUGGAGUUCAAGUGAUAGGGAAUCUGAAGAAGGGGCUGAAUCCACCGUCCAUUACCGAUCUGGUUUUCACGUCACCUUACAUGUCGCUUGCUGCCAAAACCGGAAUGAUUACCGGCAUCAUCGCUCUCGCAGAAGGAAUAGCAGUGGGAAGAAGUUUCGCCAUGUUUAAGAACUACCAUAUAGAUGGAAACAAAGAGAUGAUCGCCAUUGGAACCAUGAACAUCGUUGGUUCUUUCACUUCUUGCUACCUUACUACAGGACCCUUUUCGCGAUCUGCUGUAAACUUUAAUGCGGGAUGCAAGACGGCAGUGUCCAACGUGGUGAUGGCGAUGGCGGUGAUGAUCACACUUCUGCUUCUAACUCCACUCUUCCAUUACACGCCGCUGGUGGUGCUGUCAGCAAUCAUAAUUGCGGCCAUGCUCGGCCUCAUCGAUUACGAAGCCGCCAUUCAUCUCUGGAAAGUUGACAAGUUUGAUUUCAUCGUUUGCAUGGGCGCAUACGUCGGUGUUGUUUUUGGUAGCGUUGAGAUUGGAUUAGUCAUUGCGGUUGCAAUUUCUUUGUUGAGGUUACUUUUGUUUGUUGCAAGACCCAAGACUUUUGUUCUUGGGAACCUGCCAAAUUCGAUGGCGUAUAGAAACACUGAACAAUACCAAAAUGCAACAAGUGUACCCGGAAUUCUCAUACUCUCGAUUGAUGCUCCGAUUUAUUUUGCUAAUGCUGGCUACUUACGAGAGAGGAUUGGAAGAUGGAUUGAUGAAGAGGAAGACAAGCUGAAAUCUUCAGGAGAAACCAGUUUGCAGUAUAUCAUUCUAGAUAUGUCUGCUGUUGGAAACACUGACACGAGUGGUAUAAGCAUGCUUGAGGAAGUAAAAAAAAUUGUCGAUAGAAGAGGGCUCAAGCUUGUGUUGGCCAACCCUGGAGCUGAGGUGACAAAGAAACUGAACAAGUCCAAGUUCAUAGAGAAACUAGGGAAAGAAUGGAUGUAUAUUACAGUGGCAGAAGCUGUUGAAGCAUGCAAUUUCAUGCUUCAUACUUGCAAGCAAAAUCCUCCUAAGACCGAUCAAUCAGAGCCUUGGAACAACGUGUAGGCUAGCUAUAUGCAUACUAAGAGAUAUAUAUAUAUAUAUAUCAUAUAACAUAACAAUAUCAUCAGGAUGCAUCAUAAGAGACAACUCAUUGCAUGCAUCCCGAGAAGAUGAUAGUGAGAUAAAUUACUAGCUACUUACCUUAUGCAUAAGGUAUUUGAAGGUAUUGUUUUUGUCUGGCUCCUUCAAAUUACGAUACUUUAAUAAGACUUAUAUCGUAUAAAAGCAUAUGUAAUCUCUUCGAUAAAUGGUGGUCUAGAUGUAAAACGGUUUCGAAUCGAGCUGAAAAUGUUUAUUAA